AUGGAUAUCACUUGCGGAACAUUGAGUGGUUUGGUUGAGAAGCUUCGGGAUCUAGUGAUCGACCUAACUUGGGAGCAGCUUCGUUAUCUGUUUCAGUAUCACAGAAACAUUGAGGAGCUCAAUGAACGACUUGAGGAACUCACCCUUGAAAGAAGCUCCAAACAACACCAAAUAGAUAAUGCUAGAAACAAUUUAGAACAAAUUGAAAAGAAAGUUGAGCAUUGGUUGCGCACAGCAGAUGAGAUUUUAGAGCAAACACAAAUGUUUCAUGAAGAAGAGAGUCAAGCAAAAACAGAUUGUAGCGUGACUUCCUGUCCCAACCUGUGGCUACGUUAUAAACUAAGCAAAAGAGCAAAGGCAAUGGCACAAGAAGUUGUUGAAAUCUAUGGGAAGAGAAACUUUGAUAGGGUUUCAUAUCCUGUUCCUCCCCGAUCGAUGCCAGAAUUACUCAACAAAGAAAGCAGUGAAGGGGUUGGUUCAAGAACGCAAAUUGUGAAUCAAAUUAUGGAGCACUUACAUAAUCCUAGUGUUAAUAUUGUCGGAUUGUGUGGACAUGGUGGUGUUGGCAAGACCACUAUAGCUGAAGAAGUAGCAAUGAAGGCGAAGAAUCAAAACAUGUUUAAAAGGGUGAUCAUGGCAACUAUUUCUAGUGAAUUGAAUGUUGUGAAGAUUCAAGCCUGGAUUGCAGGGAUGCUGGGUAUGCAACUCAAUGACGAAUCUGAAGAAGCAAGAGCUUGUCGUCUGUGUGAGAGGUUGCAGCAAGAGGAGAAUCUGCUUCUAAUCUUGGAUGAUCUUUGGAAGCAAAAUGAUUUGGUCAAAGUUGGGAUUCCCAUUGUUGGUGUUGGAAAUGACAGCAAAAAGAAUGAAGGCCGCAAAAUUUUACUAACUUCAAGGGACAGAAUGCUGCUGUUAAAUCACAUGAAAUGCAAAGAUAUUAUCGAAGUGGGUGUUUUGUCAGAGAAUGAAGCAUUAGAGUUGUUCAAGAGGAUUUCUGAACUUCCUAUUGACUCAAGCACUUCUGACAACUUGAUAUCUGUAGCCUAUGAGAUUGUUCGAAAGUGUCAUGGCUUGACAUUAGCGAUUGUAGCGGCUGCCAACGCAUUAAGGGGAAAAAAUCUAGAUGAGUGGCAAGAUUUCUGUAAACGAUUGAAUCAUCCUUUAAGAAGAAACAUCACAGGAAUUAAAGAGGUGGAUGAGAUAUUGAAGUCGAGUUAUGAUUGUCUAAGCUCAGAGAAAAAACGCAUUUUCUUGCUCUCCGCCAUGCUCUCCCAUGAUCCCUCAAUUGAGGACCUGCUCAUGUACUCUAUGGGGUUAGAUAUUCUUGACGGCAUAGAAAACAUAGAAGAUGGCCACAUUGGAGUCUCUGCUGCCGUAAGUAAGCUAAAAUCAUUAAACUUAUUUCUUGAUAGUUUUUCUAGUCAUUACUUUACAAUACAUGACGUCUUUCGAGAUGUUGUAUUGUCGAUCACACCCAAUGAAUUAAAAGCAUUCAUUGUGAGGCAUAGAAGCUUGAAAGAAUGGCCUGGCAAAAAUAAGCUUGAAGACUACAAGGGAAUUUGCUUACAAAAGAGUGACAUCAGUGACCUUCCAGAAGAGCUGCAUGGUCCGAGAUUAGAAUUCUUUUUGCUAGACAGCACAGAACGUGAUUUGGCCAUACCUAUGAUGUUUUUCAAAUCAUCAAAGGAGCUGAAAGUGUUGGCAUUUACCAAUGUGCAUUUUUCGUCACUACCAUCGCUCAUGUUCCUGCAAAAACUAAAAACAUUGUGUCUCCACUCUUGUUUGCUGGAAGACAUAAUUGAGGUUAGAAGCUUGAAGAAGUUAAAAGUCCUAAGUCUUGCUUACUCUGAAAUUCAACAACUGCCUAUUGAAUUGGCAGACUUAACCUCUUUAGAAAUGUUGAAUUUAGCCCACUGCUCCAAGCUCAAAGUGAUUCCACCAAAACUGCUAUCUAGCUUCAAAAAAUUGGGGGUUUUGCUUAUGGGAAAUAGCUUUGACCAGUGGAAAGUUGAAGGAUCUACUGAAGCUAAUGAAAAUGCAAGUCUUGACGAGUUGAAGGGCUUGCCAAUCUGUUCUCUAGAUAUUCAUAUUCCUAAUGUCUCUAUGUUGCCAGAGACUUUGUUCUUAGAUAUGAAUUUGAAGAGAUACAAAAUACUCAUUGGGAAGCACUGGGAAUGGGGGACGGUCGGCUAUAAAACUUCAAAGGUAUUGAAACUUGAGCUUGAGAGUGAUAUCCAUUUGAAGCCUGGGAUCAUUUCCGCAUUUAAGGCAUCUUCGGAUUGGAAGUAA